CAGACCUUCUGUCCACUUUCUGAGAAGGACAGCCACAGAAGCAGGGUCGCAGCCCAGCACACAGUCAAGGGCUGGGGUGAGGCCCCAGCGUCCCAGCGUCCCCAUGAUGACAGAAUGGGCCGCGCUCCUGUUGGUGCUGCUGUGUGACAUCACCAGCCCCACGCACCUGUUCCAGCCCAGCCUGGUGCUGGACAUGGCCAAGGUCCUCCUGGACAACUACUGCUUCCCAGAGAACCUUAUGGGGAUGCAGGCAGUCAUCGAUCAGGCCAUGAAGAGCCAGGAGAUCCUGGGCGUCUCUGACCCUCAGACGCUGGCCCGUGUGCUGACAGACGGGGUACAAAGCUCCUUGAAUGACCCGCGCCUGGUCAUUUCCUAUGAGCCCAGCACCAUGGAGGAGCUGAAACAAACCCCAGCAGCCAGCAACCUCAGCCAGGAGGAACUGCUGGCCAGGCUGCAGGACAGCAUCCGCUAUGAGGUACUGGAGAACAACGUGGGGUACCUUCGCGUGGACGACCUCCCGGGCCAGGAGGUGCUCAGCCGGCUGGGCAGCUUCCUGGUGACCCAGGUGUGGAAGCAGCUCAUGGGCACCUCUGCCCUGGUGCUGGAUCUCCGGCAGUGCACCAGCGGCCAUGUCUCUGGCAUCACCUACGUCAUCUCCUACCUGCACCCCGGGAACACAGUCCUGCAUGUGGACACCAUCUACGACCGCCCCUCCAACACCACCACGGAGAUCUGGACCUUGCCUGAAGUCCUGGGAGAGCGCUACAGCGCCGAGAAGGAUGUGGUGGUCCUCACCAGUGGCCGCACCGGGGGCGUGGCCGAGGACAUCGCCUAUAUCCUCAAGCAGAUGCGCAGAGCCAUCGUGGUGGGCGAGCGCACGGAGGGGGGUGCCCUGGACCUCCAGAAGCUGAGGAUCGGCCAGUCCGACUUCUUCCUCACUGUGCCAGUGUCCAGGUCACUGGGCCCCCUGGGCGGAGGCAGCCAGACGUGGGAGGGCAGCGGGGUGCUGCCCUGUGUGGUCACGCCGGCCGAGCAGGCCCUGGAGAAGGCUCUGGCCAUCCUCACCCUGCGCCGCGCCCUGCCGGGGGUCGUGGGCCGCCUGCGGGAGGCCUUGCAGGACUACUACACUCUGGUGGACCGCGUGCCGGCCCUGCUGCACCACCUGGCCAGCAUGGACUACUCCAUGGUGGUGUCUGAGGAGGACCUGGUCACCAAGCUCAACAGCGGCCUGCAGGCCGUGUCCGAGGACCCCAGGCUGCUGGUGCGGGCUGUGGGGCCCCAAGAAAUCUCUUUGGGGUGUGAGGCUGAAGUCCAUGAGUCCCCUGAGGCACAGCCUGCAGUGCCCAAGGACGAGGCUGCCCAGCAGGCGCUGGUGGAUGCCGUGUUCCAGGUGUCAGUGCUGCCGGGCAACGUGGGCUACCUGCGCUUUGACGGGUUCGCGGACGAAGCAGUGCUCGAGGCGCUGGGGCCGUAUGUGCUACAGCAGGUGUGGAAGCCGCUGCAGGGCACCGCGCACCUCAUCAUGGACCUGCGCCACAACCCCGGGGGGCCGUCCUCCGCUGUCCCCCUGCUGCUGUCCUACUUCCAGAGCGCCGAGGACAGCCCCACGCACCUCUUCACCACCUACGACCGCCGCACCAACGUCACCCAGGAGCACUUCAGCCGCGGGGAGCUGCUGGGCCCCCGAUACGGCCACCAUCGCGGGGUGUACCUGCUCACCAGCCACCGCACGGCCACGGCCGCCGAGGAGUUCGCCUUCCUCAUGCAGUCCCUGGGCUGGGCCACGCUGGUGGGUGAGAUCACGGCGGGCAGCCUGCUGCACACCUGCACCGUGCCGCUGCUGGAGUCAGCCUCGGGGGCCCUGCUGCUCACCGUGCCCGUGCUCACGUUCACCGACAACCACGGCGAGGGCUGGCUGGGUGGCGGGGUGGUGCCGGAUGCCAUCGUGCUGGCCGAGGAGGCGCUGGAUAGGGCACGGGAGGUGCUGGAGUUCCACCGCAGCCUGGGCACGCUGGUGGAGGGCACCGGCCGCCUGCUAGAAGCCCAUUAUGCACGGCCCGAGGUGGUGGGGCACACGAGCACCCUGCUGAGGGCCAAGCUGGCACACGGUGCCUACCGCACGGCCGUGGAUCUGGAGUCACUGGCCUCGCAGCUGACCGCUGACCUGCAGGAAGUGUCUGAGGACCACCGCCUGCUGGUGUUCCACAGCCCGGAAGAGCUGGUGGCCGAGGAGCUGCCCCUGCCGCCCCCUGCUGUCCCCUCUCCCGAGGAGCUCACCUAUCUCAUCGAGGCUCUGUUCAAGACGGAUGUGCUGCCCGGCCGGCUGGGCUACCUGCGCUUCGAUGCCAUGGCUGAACUGGAGGCGGUGAAGGCCAUCGGGCCACAGCUGGUGCAGCUGGUAUGGCAGAGGCUGGUGGACACAGCCGCGCUGGUCGUGGACCUGCGCUACAAUCCCGGCAGCUACUCCUCGGCCGUGCCGCUGCUCUGCUCCUACUUCUUCGAGGCGGAGCCCCGCCAGCACCUCUACUCCGUCUUUGACAGGGCCACCUCGAGCACCACGGAGGUGUGGACCAUACCCCAGGUUGCCGGAGAGCGCUACGGGCCCCACAAGGACCUCUACGUCCUCACGAGCCACUCCAGUGGCUCCGCGGCAGAGGCCUUUGCUCACACCAUGCAGGACCUGCAGCGGGCCACCGUCAUCGGCGAGCCCACGGCCGGAGGUGCGCUCUCGGUGGGCAUCUACCAGGUGGGCAGCAGCCCUCUCUAUGCCUCCAUACCCACCCAGAUGGCCCUGAGCGCCGUCACUGGUGAGGCCUGGGACCUGGCUGGCGUGGAGCCUGACAUCACGGUGCCCAUGAGCGAGGCCCUGACCAUGGCCCAGGACAUAGUGGCCCUGCGUGCCAAAGUGCCCACGGUGCUGCAGACGGCAGGGAAGCUGGUGGCCGAUAACUACGCCUCCCGGGAGCUGGGGGCCGAGAUGGCAGCCAAGCUGAUUGGCCUGCAGAGCCGCUAUGCCAGGGUGACCUCUGAAGUCGCCCUGGCCGAGAUGCUGGGGGCCGACCUGCAGAAGCUGUCCAGGGAUCCCCACUUGAAGACAGCCCAUAUCCCUGAAGAUGCCAAGGACCGCAUCCCUGGGAUUGUCCCCAUGCAGAUCCCGUCCCCGGAGGCCUUCGCGGACAUGAUAAAGUUCUUCCACACCAACGUGCUGGAGGCCAACAUCGGCUACCUGAGGUUCGACAUGUUCGCAGACUCCGAGCUGUUCACGCAGGUGUCCGAGCUGCUGGUACGGCAUAUCUGGAAGGAGGUCUUGCACACGGACGCCAUGGUCAUCGACAUGAGGUUCAACAUCGGCGGACCCACCUCCUCCAUCUCGGCCCUGUGCUCCUACUUCUUUGACGAGGGCCCGCCCGUCCUGCUGGACAAGAUCUACAACCGCCCCAGUGACUCGGUCACUGAGCUCUGGACCCAUCCCGGCUUGGCAGGUGAGCGUUACGGGUCCCAGAAGAGCGUGGCCAUCCUGACCAGCAGCCUGACUGCCGGAGCGGCCGAGGAGUUCACCUACAUCAUGAAGAGGCUGGGUCGGGCCCUGGUCAUCGGGGAGGUGACCAGCGGGGGCUGCCAGCCACCGCAGACCUACCAUGUGGACGACACACACCUCUACAUCACCAUCCCCACAGCCCGCUCAGUGGGGGCCGAGGACGGCAGCUCCUGGGAGGGGGUGGGCGUGACGCCGCACGUGCUGGUGCCUGCGGAGGCGGCCCUCACCAGAGCCCAGGAGAUGCUGCAGCAAGGGCUUCGAGGGUGACCCAGAGCCCCGGGCUGGGGGGCCUCUAACUUGGCUCUGCCUGGGUCUAAGAGGCUCCUGCCUGCUUCCUACCUGAGGCCCAGGAGUGGCUCCAGGACUGCUGAGCUCCGGUUAGGCUUAAAGUCACCCUCGGAGCUCAUCCACCCACCUUCCUCCCUGCUGCACCUAUCCUCUCUGCUUGCAUGCCCCCAGAGACGGGGAGCUCACCCCUUCCAAGGCAGUCCCCCAUAGCUGUUAUUUGGGGGAGAUUAAGUCCUGAUCUGUCCCCACCCAUGCUCCCCAAUUGCCAACCCCAAGUCCUUGGGUUGUCCCAAGAGCAGCUCUGUUGGUAGAAUUAACAGGAGCCACCAAUUCAAGCCACGCAUGCAGCUUUCCAUUUUCUACUAGCUGCAGCCUUCAAAAGCAAAAAUAAACGGGGUGAUUAAUUUUAA